CACAUUACUCAAAUUUCCAGUUUCAUUUUUUUUUUAACAAUUAAACAUGUGCCCCGGCCACCGCAGGUCCUCCUCGCCGCCGACGGGCACCGUGUGCGAUGCGCGAAGCCCUUCCUUAGAGAAGGCCGCGCUUCUCCUCGAGCUCGCCGCCUCCGAUGACCUCUCCACCUUCAAGCGGGCGGUGGAGGAUGCCGGCCUUCCGCUCGACGUCGCCGCUCCAUGGUACUGCCGCUCCUCCGACGGAGUUAUGGGGUAUCAGCUACGGACGCCGACCAUGAUCGCGGCCCUUUACGGCAGCACCUCCGUGAUGGGAUAUAUUCUCUCCGCCCGCCCCGCUGAGUCCGCUCGUUGCGCCGCCACCGACGGCGCCACCGCUCUCCACUGUGCUGCCGCAGGUGGCUCCGCGGCCUCCCUCGAGGUGGCGAAGCUCUUGAUCGCCGCAUCUCCCGACGUCAUCGAUGCCGUCGACACGAGCGGCAACCGACCAGGGGACAUCGUGGCCCGGCAGCUCUCGAACUCCGUCUUCAAAUCCCUCGAAGUACUCUUGAGAUCUCCUGCUUGUCCUAGGGUUUCUUCCCCAAAUAAAGAGGUAGCCAAAGUAAGCGAGAAGAAGGAAUACCCGCAGUCCCCUGAUUUGGUGCUUCCGGACAUCAAUUCCGGGAUCUACGUAACCGACGAGUUCCGGAUGUAUGCUUUCAAGAUUAAGCCGUGCUCGCGCGCCUACUCCCACGACUGGACGGAGUGCCCCUUCGCCCAUCCCGGCGAGAACGCCCGGCGUCGGGACCCACGGAAGCACUCCUACAGCUGCGUGCCGUGCCCCGAGUUCCGCAAAGGCACUUGCCGCAACGGUGACGCCUGCGAGUACGCCCACGGGGUGUUCGAAAGUUGGCUCCAUCCGGCACAGUACCGGACUCGGCUUUGCAAGGAUGAGACUGGAUGCAACCGCAGAGUCUGCUUCUUUGCGCACAAGGUGGAUGAGCUACGCACGGUGAACCCCUCGGCCGCUUCGAUGACUGGAACCGCGUUGCCAUCGCCCGGAUCAUCGCCACCGUCAGGUGUUUCAUCCAUGGACAUGGUGACGGCCUUGUUGUUGAUGCAGCAGUCUGGUUCGCCGGCGUCUUCUCAGACAGGCAGCGUGGCGAGUCCACAACCGUUGCAGUUGCCGAGCAGUAGGCUGAGGGCUUCAAAGAGUGCUAGGAACAUGGAGGUAGACCUGGGGGUUCUUGGAUCGGAAGGGUAUCAGAAGAAACUUAUAGAUGAUGCCCGAAGAACAAACAGCUUAGCUGCAGCCGUAGCUGCUGCUGGAGCUACUGAUUACAACCACUUGCUUGGUUCUGUCGAUCCAUCACUACUAAAUAAACUGCAGGGGCUUUCUGUGAGAUCGAUGCAACAGUCUCAGUUGCUGUCUAGCUAUGGUGGUUCCUCAUCUGCCGCCCCUACUUCCACUGCAACAUCUUCCUUCGGUCUCGACAAUUCAAUGGCCAAGGCCAUCAUGGACUCAAGAGCUUCCGCCUUUGCUAAACGCAGUUUAAGUUUCUGCGACCGUGGAGCAACUGCUGGGCGUCAGUCCACUCUCUCCGCAAUGACGAUGACGGCCAUCCCACCACCACCACCACCGGCUGAGUCGGAUUGGAGCUCACCAUAUGGUAAAUUGGAUUGGAGCAUUCAAGGUGAGGAACUGAACAAGCUCAGGAAAUCUGCUACCUUUGCAUACCGUAACAAUCAAGCCAUGCACGGAGGCAUAUCUUCUGCCAGUGGCUCGAAAGAACCCGACGUGUCCUGGGUGAAUUCUCUGGUGAAGGAUGGUCCUGCAGUGGCUCCAGUGGGCAGGAUGGGCGCAGGCAAGCAGCAGAAUGGUUAUCCAGUCAGGGAUGGAGGCAAUUCCCAUGGCUCUGAGUUUUUCUAUCCUUGGGUGGGGGACAAGAUAAUGGCGUAGCCGAUGCGAUGAACAACUACUGACCUGUUUUUUCAUUAUAUAUGUUUUCUUGAAACAGUUGUAGCUAAUAGAAUGCACGAAGGUAGUGAAGGUCUUGAAUUUCUUGGGUAGGGGAGAUGAGUCAUCCAAGAAUUUGAAGCAUUCAAAUGUUCUUUGAAUCUUGUAUCAGUAAAACAGUUUGAUACAAAUUAUCUCC